UUGGAACCUGACGUCGAAUGGCGACGGCACGGCUGAUAUAAGACGACGGAUGGUGACCAACAGCUCGGACCUGAGAGCGUCUCGUAAGCUGGAACGGAACGCACGGAACAAUUGAACGUCGGAGCUGGAAAUGCGCCUGUGACGUAUCGUAUUCCGAAGACCAGAGUCAUCGUCGUCCAAACUCCACGGCCUCUCAACGACAGAGAAGUCCAUGGUGUGUUAAUUAUGUGAGUGGCGGGAUAGCAGGGAGCUGGCUCUUAGUGCAGUGAAGUGAGACGUUUUCUUUGCAUGGUGUCAUGUUCCACCACGAAUAUGAGAAACGGCUGCUGAAGCCGGUGAGCAGUGAUGGCUCGGCGGCGACGUCCACGACGGCGGUGCCCGGCGCCGUCGCCACCUAUUCGAAUACCAUGUACUCGAAUACCAUGUACUUCUCACCCAUGUACUUCUCGCCCACGAAGACAUCGGCGUGCAACAACAGUUAUGAUCGCUUUAUACCCACUCGCUCCGGCAACAACUGGCAAACUACGUUCUCCAUGAUCAGCGAAAACGCCCGGGGCGGUCUGGUGGCGAAGAAGACGCGGGAGAAUGGCGAGGGAAGCCGUGAUGGCAUUGCUUAUUCCUGCUUGUUGAAAAAUGAACUGCUUGGAGCAAAUAUCGAAGAUGUUAAGGGGCAGUGUGAAGAGCGCAGGGUACUUUCGCCAUUAGUAACUAAAAAUCUCUUCAAGUAUACUACGCCUACCAAGGACCGGACGCUGCUGGAUCAGAGCUCGCCAUACUCCUUGUCACCUCUUAGUGCCAAAAGCCAGAAGCUCUUGAGGUCUCCCAGAAAGGCAACCAGAAAAAUCUCAAGAAUACCUUUCAAGGUACUGGAUGCUCCCGAGCUACAGGAUGACUUCUAUCUGAAUUUGGUUGACUGGUCUUCCCAGAAUGUUCUCAGUGUUGGCUUGGGGAGCUGCGUUUAUCUAUGGUCAGCAUGUACUAGCCAAGUGACAAGACUUUGCGAUUUGUCCAGCGAUGGUAAUAGUGUGACCUCUGUUGCAUGGAACGAGCGAGGCAAUCUAGUGGCAGUAGGUACACAUAUGGGCUAUAUACAGGUAUGGGAUGUUGCAGUGAACAAGCAAGUUAGCAAGCUACAAGGUCACAGCGCUCGGGUAGGAGCCUUGGCAUGGAAUGGAGAAGUUCUCUCAUCUGGCAGCAGAGAUCGAUUGAUCUUACAAAGGGAUGUGAGAACGCCAUGUGUUGUUGGCGAACGACGGCUCGGUGCUCAUCGACAAGAAGUGUGCGGCCUCAAAUGGUCACCGGACAAUCAGUAUCUAGCGUCUGGUGGCAAUGACAAUCGACUUUAUGUGUGGAACUUACACUCCCUCGCACCUAUCCAAACAUAUACCGAACAUUUGGCGGCAGUAAAAGCGAUUGCCUGGUCGCCUCAUCAUCACGGUCUGCUGGCAUCCGGUGGCGGAACCGCUGAUCGUUGCAUCCGUUUCUGGAAUACGCUGACUGGUCAGCCGAUGCAAUGCGUCGACACCGGGUCACAGGUCUGCAAUUUGGCAUGGAGCAAGCACAGUUCUGAGCUAGUCAGCACGCACGGUUAUUCGCAGAAUCAGAUUCUUGUGUGGAAGUAUCCCAGUCUCACGCAAGUGGCUAAGCUCACCGGGCACUCAUACCGGGUACUCUAUCUAGCAAUGUCACCGGACGGCGAGGCGAUCGUCACUGGAGCGGGUGAUGAAACUCUGCGCUUCUGGAAUGUAUUCAGCAAAGCCCGCAGUCAGAAGGAGAACAAGUCCGUGCUGAAUCUAUUCACGAGUAUCCGAUAAGUGGUGGUCGGACGCUAGUCAUCGCGACAGAACACCGCGAAAUGUUUUAUUAUGUAUUUUGUACAUAUACAUACAUACGUAUCAUAU